GGACUCGUCGCGACAUUUGCAACGCUCCGCAAGUUCCCUUUCCUUUCUUUGGCACUUUGGAGACAGGUCAGACCAGCACACAUCACACCAUGCGAUCCUUCCAGCUCCUCCUACUUUUCUUGCUCACCAUAUUUCUCAGCCUACACUUAGCAAGCGGCCUCGUCCUAGCCUCUCCAGCACGGAGCCGCAAGUGUCGUCGUGCUCUCUCCCUCUUCUCCCUGGAAAAGCGAGACGAGAUACAUGACAACGAGGGCGUUUCCAGCUCCUCUCUCCUCCCCCGUCUCUGGCGCAACGCCGAGCUGCCCGUCCCCCUCGGUCUGAACCGUCACCCUCCUGCUCUCCCCCCUCAACCGCCAAGUAGCAGCUGGGCAGGCGGGACAAGCAAGCACCUCCAUCCUCCACCACCAACCGUCAGCUCAAUCUUAGCAGGCAAUCCCUCUGUAGCAAAGACGCGUAGAGAGAGGAAGCAAGAAGUGGCAGAAAAGAAGAAGCAGUAUGAGAAUAUUAGAGCAGGACAUGCAUUUGUUGAUAUGAUCUUGGAUGAGUGUGGGAGUUGGUUGAAGAAGGAUUUGCCUCCGAGGCCGAAGUCGAAGCCGAAGCGGGGGCGGGAGUCUAGUUCGUGGUCGGGAUCUGGGUCUGGAGCAGUAGUAGGACUAGAUCUGCAGCCGGAUCGAAGAACUAUAUAGACGCCCUUGUUCGUGGAAGCGCUGACAACAACGUAGUCCAGAUUCGAUGAAGGUCCUGUUGAAAAGACAUGAGCACUCGCAAUGAUGGAUCAUUUACAUGUUGAAGAG